AUGCAAAAGAAAGUGGAUGCCGUUUUGGACCAGUAUUUGGUGGCAGGGCUCAUUCAACAUUCCACGUCUCCGUGGGCUUCUCUUUUAGUUGUCAUCCCCAAGAGGGACGGAUCGGUUCGCAUCACCGUCAACUACAAACGUCUCAACGCUCUGGUGGAUUUGGAUGGACAACCUCUCCCUCGAGUGGACGGUAUCUUGGAUUCUCUGUACAACGGGCAAGUGUUCUGCAUCUUCGACCUCAGCUCGGCUUUCCACCGGAUCGUUUGUGAUGAAGACACUGUCCCGCUCACCGCCUUUCGCACUCCCACGCAGUUGUUCGAAUGGCUUUGGACGCGGCAGGGAGCCAACGCAAGUUCGCCUUGGUUCGUCAAGGUCAUCAACAGAGUGGUGCACGGUCUGGAGCGUGUGCUUGCUUUUCUGGACGAUGUCAUCUGUUUCGAUGAGGAACCUCUGGGACACGUGCUGAACAUCAUCGAGUUCUUCAAACGACUGCGACAGUACAAUCUCAAACUGUCUCCAGGGAAGGCUCGCGUCGGCGCCACGCACGCCAUUUUCCUCGGCCACACCAUCUCUCCGGCAGCUGUUAGCCCUGAUGGCGUCAAGGUUAGGGUGGUCACGCACAUGCCGCCGCCGAAGAAUGUUAAGCAGCUUCGGAAACUUCUCGGUGAACUCAGCUACUACCGGAAAUUCCUCAAGAAUCUCGCCACCAAGGUGCGGCCUCUCAACUCUCUUCUCAACAAGGCGUUCCCUUCAAUCGAGGACAAAAGCCGUCCUCUUCGAUUGUGUUCCGACACGUGUAUCGACGACUUUGGCGCCUCCUUGGAACAAGAACAGCUCGAUGGCUCGGUGAGACCCAUCGUGUACAUCUGCAGCGCUACUCUUCCUGCGGAGCGUACCUGGACCGUUUUGGAUCUAGAGGCUGGUGGCAUUGUUUGGGCCAUCAAACGCCUUCGCGGUUAUCUGUGGUCGACCAAGUUCAUCAUAUAUCCGGACCACAAAUCCUUGGAGAGCAUUGCCAAGGGGCCUGGUACGGUCGUCGGCGUCGACUUCUUCAGACCUCUGCCAGUGACUGCCAAGGGCAACUCCUACAUUUCGUUGUUCACAGACCGUUUCGGUCGGAGAGCCGACAUGUUCGCAGUUACAGCGGCGGAAUUUACGGCGAGAGGGACGGCUCACAUCUUCGUCAACCAAUACAUGACCAAGUGGGGAUGUCCGACUACGUUAUUGUCGGACAACGGACUGCAUUUCUGCUCGAAGCUCUCCAUGGCGAUCUACGAGGUGAUGAAGAUCAAGAAGGUCACCACCAGCUCCUACCACCCGCAGACCAACGGCGGCACUGAACGCGUCAACCACACGAUGGCCCAGAUGCUUGCGGUGGUCGUCAACGAACAGCAAAAUGAUUGGGACAUACAUCUCCCGCACGUUGAGCUUACCUACAACAAUUCCGUGAACCAGUCUACUGGAUUAGCGCCAAACGAGAUCCACAUCGAACGCAUCCCGCGACUCCCGCUUUCGGUCUUCGAUCAUCCCAUGGUAGGUGGUCAUCAAAGCUUGGCCCGCGAUCAACUCGAGUAUUGCAACCUGGCUGUCGAUCGCCAGCGGCGGGCCUACGAAGUCCGUGAGUACAACGCCCUGAAGAUUUCGCGAGUCGAACGCCACAAUUCAUCCCUGCUGGACGCCAUUCACAAGCUCCCUCAGUUUACCGUUGGCGGGUGUGCGUGAGUGUACAACACGGCUGCUACGAUUCUACAGGGUGUGCAGAAGGACACGGACCAACAGGUGCUCAAGGCCACAUUCGCACUUUCCUGGACGGGGCCCUACAAAGUUGUUGCGGUGGAUCCCGCCUCUGCCGGUGCCAGUCCGGACGGCCGCCCGUUGGCGCGUAAAAUCCUCUACCUGGACCUGCCUUCCGAUCUUUCCGGCCCGGCAGCUCGUUGUCGCGUGUCU